GACAAUGGUUCUUACAAGACUUCCAACUCCUGAACCAACUGUAUUUUCAGGAGACCCAUUGAAGUUCAUAGAGUGGAGUACAAGCUUUGAAGCACUUAUUGCACGUCGCUGCUCCAAUCCAGCAGACAAGUUGUUCUACCUACAGAAGUAUGUUAGUGGAGAAGCCAAGAGUGCUCUUGAAGGUAGCUUCUACAGGAAGGAUGAAGAAGCCUUUAAACAAGCAUGGGAGAAGCUGAACACACGGUAUGGUCAUCCCUUUGUAGUACAGCGAGCCUUUAGAGAAAGACUUAACAGUUGGCCAAAGAUAGGCUCUAAAGAGUAUGUUAGGCUUAGAGAGUAUGGUGACUUCCUGCAAGCAUGUAGCAACGCCAUUCCUCACAUAAAGGGUUUGCAAGUACUGAAUGACUGUGAAGAAAAUCAGAAAAUGUUACUUAAGCUGCCUGAUUGGGUGACCUCAAGAUGGAAUCGUCAUGUAACUAAACAGUUAGACCAAGGAAAGGAGUAUCCCAGUUUUGAAGAGUUCUCUUCAUUUGUCAAUUCAGAAGCACGUAUAGCAUGCAAUCCAGUGUCAUCCCUCCACAUUCUGAAACCUUUGGAAGGAAAGCCAACGAGAGAAAUAAAACGUGCAAAGGUCACUUCAUUUGCAGUCGAUACAAUGACUAAAGACCAUGAUACCAAUGAGAGUAAGACUAAGGUCAUUGAUGUACUGAAUAGAGAGAAAGCACGGACAGAGAGUCACACACCUCUUCAAUGCAUGUUCUGUGGAGAGAACCACUCCAUCUACAAAUGUCAACAAAUGAAGGAAAGGCCGGUAGAGGAGAAGAAAAGAUUCAUACUGGAUAACCAACUCUGUUUUGGUUGCCUAAGAAAGGGACACAGUGCCAAGGACUGUAAAAGAAGAGCCACCUGUGGCAUUUGUAAAGGACGUCACCCAACCCCGUUACAUGAGGAUCGCCCAAAAAGGGAUAGAGCUUCAACACACAGUACACUCAUUGAGGGAGAAAUCAUAUCCACACUAUCUUGCUGUAUGGUUAAAAGUGAGAGUAAGAAUACGUCAAUGAUCAUCCCGGUGUGUAUCUCAUCUCCAGGAACAGAAGGCAAGGAGGUACUUGCUUAUGCAUUACUAGACACACAAAGCAGUAACACAUUUAUUGACCAAGAGGUCUGUGAGAAAUUGCAAGUGGCAAUGGAGCCAGUGAAGCUGAAGCUCUCAACGAUUAUGGGAAAAGACUCAUUGGAAGAUAGUCAAAGAGUCACAGGAGUAAAAGUCAAGGGACUUUGCUCAGAUGUCACCAUAGAUCUACCUCCGGUCUAUACAAGAGACUUCAUACCCCUUGAUCGUGAACACAUACCUACCUGUGAAACAGCCAAAAAGUGGAAGCACCUAUCAGUCAUCUCUCAUGAAAUACCCCCUCUGAAGGAGUACCGUGUGGGGCUCCUGAUAGGUUAUGACUGUUCUAAAGCAUUGAUGCCACGACAAAUAAUAACAGGAGGUGAUGAUGAACCAUAUGCCAUCAAAACUGAUUUGGGAUGGAGCAUUAUUGGAGGACCACAACAGGCUGCAAGCUCAAGACAAGUAACUGGGUUAUGUCAUCGCAUAUCUGUCAAGACGUCACUAACCCCAAGUCCUGCUGCAGUGAUCAAGAUUCUUGAGUCCGACUUUGCAGACACCAGCUCAAAGGAAAAGAGUAUAUCUCAAGAAGACAUAACUUUCCUACACAUCUUGGAAGGAGGCAUUCAGCAAAACCAACAAGGCCAUCUAGAGAUGCCCUUACCUUUCAAAAAACGCCCUGACCUUCCAUACAACAGGAAUCUUGCCUUAGUACGACUAAGACGUUUAGAGAGGAAGCUGGGAAGAGAGCCAAAGUUCAAAGGCGACUAUUCCAAGUUUAUGGAAGGCAUCAUACAAGACGGAGAUGCAGAAAGAGCCGACCAUCAACCAGACCCGGGGAAGGUUUGGUACAUUCCACAUCAAGGUGUCUAUCACUUGAAGAAACCAGACAAGAUAAGAGUGGUGUUUGACUGCUCAGCAAGGUAUGAUGGUGUUGCAUUGAACGAUUAUCUGUUAACGGGACCAGACCUCACAAAUAUGCUGUCUGGUGUUCUCAGUAGAUUUCGGAAAUACCCCAUUGCUGUCAUGUGUGACAUUGAAAAGAUGUUCCACAGGUUUCAUGUGAAAGAGGAAGAUAGAGAUUUCCUGAGGUUCCUAUGGUGGGAGAAUGGAAACACUAAUACAGAGCCUGUAGAAUAUCGCAUGAAGGUUCAUCUGUUUGGAGCAGCAUCAUCCCCAGGUUGUGCCAAUUACGGUAUGAAACACCUUGCCAAUCAAAAUGAAGGAAACUAUCCAUCAGCAGCAAACUUCAUUAAGAAAAACUUUUAUGUUGACGAUGGACUUGUAAGCCUGCAAUCAGCUGACUCAGCAAUCAAAUUAGUGAAAGAAACUCAAGAGUUGUGCGCAAAGGGAAAUCUGCGCCUUCACAAGUUCAUCUCAAACAGCAGAGAAGUGUUGGAAUCCAUUUGUGAAUCUGAACGUGCAUCAGCAAUGGAAAACGUAGACCUCAACUACGAUGAUCUUCCAGUCCAGAAUGCACUUGGCCUGAGAUGGGAUGUUGAAAAUGAUGAGUUCUUCUUUAAGGUCUCUAUUGAAGAGAAACCAGCAACAAGACGCAAUAUUCUCUCCACGGUAGCUUCUGUGUAUGAUCCAUUGGGUUUCUUAGCCCCAGUAAUCCUCAGAGGAAAAGGAAUACUCCAAGAGCUGUGCAGACAGAAGCUAGGUUGGGAUGACUCUAUGCCAGAAGAACUGAGGCCAAGGUGGGAGAGUUGGAUCAAGGAUUUACAACAUCUGCACGGAGUCAGAAUACCAAGGGGCUUUGCACCCCACGAUUUUGGAAAGUAUGAGAGAAUUGAACUGCAUCACUUCUCAGAUGCUAGUAGUUACGGUUAUGGCCAAUGUUCCUACAUCAGGGUGAUAAGAGAUGAAAAGGUACAUUGCUCCCUUGUCAUGGCCAAGACCAGAGUUGCACCUACCAAUGUCCUCACAAUACCAAGACUGGAACUAUCAGCUGCCGUAGUUUCUGCUUCAGUGAGCAAGUUCCUGAGAGACGAAUUAGAGUUCAAGGUAGAUGAAGAGUACUUUUGGACAGAUUCACAGGUGGUUCUAGGCUACAUAAAUAAUGAAGCUCGAAGAUUUCAUGUCUUUGUGGCGAACAGAGUUCAAAGAAUUCGAGAAAUUACUGAUCCAGACCAGUGGUACUACAUUGAGUCAGAAAGGAAUCCAGCUGAUCAUGCUUCAAGAGGUCUUAAAGUUUCAGAAAUGAAGGACUCAAAUUGGUUUACAGGCCCAAAGUUCCUAUGGGAAAGGGAAAUAGUACCCAUCAAAAAUUGCCUAGAGCUAUCAAUGUGUGAUCCUGAAGUGAAGGUCAUUCAAGCCUUAAACACAACAACCAAGUGCCAGGACGAUAUGCUCGAAAGACUAUCACGAUUCUCCAAUUGGACUACAGUAGUAAAUGUAGUUGCUCGAAUUCAGCGUCUGGCAAGACGAACUAGGAAGUUUGAACCCUUGAACGUUGAAGAAAGAAUGAGAGCUGAGGAUACAGUUAUAAAACUCAUUCAUCAGAAAUUUUACAAAGAAGAAUUAAAGAUGCUCAGUCAAGAACCUGGAAGGAUCCCCAACAACCACCCUUUGCAUCAACUUAAUCUUAUCCUACAGGAUGGUAUAAUAAGAGUGGGAGGAAGAUUGGAAAAUGCACCUUUAUCUUUCAGAGUGAAGCAUCCAGCGAUUCUUCCCAAGGAUUCUACCCUUACAAGCCUGAUAAUUGAUCAUCAUCACACAAGGUCCUCACAUCAAGGCAGAGGUCUAACCUUGAGCUACUUGAGAGAUGGUGGUUACUGGAUUGUGAAUGGCAGUAAAACUGUAGCUAAACACAUAAAACAGUGUGUACUGUGUCGGAAGACUCGAAGGCCGACAGAAGACCAAAGAAUGGCAAAUUUACCCAUGGAUCGUGUAGAACCAUCGCCUCCCUUCUCUUAUUGUGGCAUGGAUUGUUUUGGUCCAUUCUACACCAAGCAAGAUCGUAAGGAGCACAAAAGAUAUGGUCUACUUUUCACGUGUCUAAGCUCCAGAGCAAUCCACAUAGAGAUGUUGGAGAAUAUGUCAACUGAUGUGUUCAUCAAUGCUCUUCGAUGCUUCAUAGCCAUUAGAGGCACCGUAAGAGAAAUCAGAUCUGACCAAGGUUCUAACUUUGUUGGAGCUAAGAAUGAGUUGAGAAAGGCUUUAGAAGAAGUAGACAAAGAAAGGAUAACCAUGUUUCUGGCAGAGAGACAAUGUGACUUUCACAUGAAUGUUCCAGAUGCAAGCCAUACGGGAGGUGUUUGGGAGCGUCAGAUAAGAACCGCAAGGAAUGUUCUGAGUUCAGUACUAAAGCAGAGUGCUGGAAGAAUAGAUGAUGCUUCUCUGAGGACUGUAUUUUAUGAAGCUAUGUCCAUUGUGAACAGUCGUCCAUUGACAGUUGAUAAUAUCAAUGACCCAACAAGUUUAGAUCCUCUGACUCCAAAUCAUCUGCUUCACCUAAAGUCCACUCCCAUACAGCCACCACCCGGCAAGUUCCUCGAGGAAGAUUUGUAUGCCAGAAAGAGAUGGCGACGUGUGCAAUAUCUGACCGAACAAUUUUGGAACAGAUGGAGGAGGGAGUACCUAGCUAAUCUCACUCUCAGACAAAAAUGGCAUACUCCUAGGAGAAAUGUUCAAAUAAACGACAUAGUGAUCGUUAAAGAAGAGGACAUACCCAGAAAUCGAUGGAGAAUUGCUAAAGUUCUUGAAGUUCAGAAAGACAAUGACGGAUUGGUAAGAAGAGUGAAAUUACAGAUGGGAGAUUCCAAAUUAAGUAAGAGAGGAGAACGUCUCACUACUCCACUCAUCCUAGAACGUCCUAUCCAAAAACUGGUUGUUCUUAUCGAGAAUAAUAAUAAUAAGUAAAAUUCCCUUAAUCUAUGCAAACCAACUCAACAACGAAUGCAUAAAUUAAAGGUAAUUUGGUGGGAGUGUAGCUGCCCGCCCAAGCCAACCUAACAUUUGAGCUGCAUAAUUCAUUGUGACUGUUAAUGUAAGAGAAGUUUAUAGCAACUUAGUGCAAAUUUGCAGUACAGAACAAUAUAUAAUUUUAUAUGCUCUGUUGUAUUGUAAGCAGAAAAGUUAGUCCUGCUGUUAAAGUUCAUUUGUGUGUAGAGUAACAGCCAGCAGCAUCAGCUAAUAUAGCCAGCUAAGCACAGGUCAUUACAGGGUCAAUCUGAGUACUCUAGUCACCUGACAGUCUAGUCCAAUCAGAACCCAGCCUCACUCUGGGAGCUCUAGAACCUAGCCAGACAGCCAGCAGCCAUCUUAGAGACAGAAUCUUCAGAGAGUAUGUCAGAGUAAAGAAACUGCCCGUAAGAUCCUAUGAGGCGAAAAUAGUUCUACCACUUUCUACCACAUUCUACCGCAUUCUAUGCGCACUUACUGCACGUAUAUCGCAACAAUAUUAAUAAAACUGAUCAUCUUUGUUCCUGAUUCCCUAUCCUGAUGAUGUUACCAAUAAAGAAAGUUAUUUUUGUA